AUGUCCGAAAAGACCAAAUCUGCGUUCUUCGACUCACCCGAAGCCUCCCCCGCUGCACCGCCACCAUUCAGCCAGGCGGUGUCAGACGCUGGCCCAUCAACUUUCCAGAGUCGCUUUGCAUCAAUCACACGACAUGGACUUGACCGCAUCAGACUGGUCAACCUCUCAGAGGUGGAAAUAGCGGCUAUGCACGAAAUUGUGAGGACAUAUUGGGAACGUGGGAUUGACAAGGUCUACCCGCAAGAAUCGUCGCGGGAGUUCAAGCUAGGAGGCUAUGCAUGGGGAUAUGACCCGAAUGGCAACGAGCAAGCGAUGAUGUUGACGCUUCGGAUAUUAGAGGAUGCACUCAUAUUCCGUAAAGUGAAAAACAUCCCUCCUCCCUGCGAAUGGCUAAAUGUGUCGUUCCACGGCGGAGACAAACUGAAGAUUCUCAACUUCCCGCCUACAGAUCUUGUCAACGAUAUCAUGGCGACUUUCAUGACUGACAUACAACGACAUGAGGUCACGCCAGACCGCGCCAAGAUUAAGUUCAAGGGAUACCCAUGGAGACCGCUGGAAUCUGACGGAGUUGAAACACAACUGAAGUUGCUGGCGUUGCUUGAAAUCUUUGAGCGCCACGGUUUCACGCUGUAUACGAGGACGAGCGCGAGAUUCGCCGAUGAGACAAGUGAGUCAAAUGUGUUGGUGUUUCAAAGGCGAAAGGACUGGGUGGUGGGGAAAUCUCUAUACGAUCAACUCUGA